AUGUCUGAUACUGAAGAGGAGAGAAGAGCAAAGCAAUUGGAGGAAGCUAGGAAGAGAGUGGAAGAGCUGAAGAAAAAGAAGAAGAGUAAGAAGAGUAAGAGCAAAAAUAAGAAUAAGAAUGCUGAACCCGCAAAUGAAACUGAAGGGGGGUCGAAAGAGCCUACUGUCGACGUGGAGGGCUCUGAAGAUGUUCAAGUAAUGGAAUCUGACAUUGUAGAGGCAGAAGAGGGAGGGGAAGAUGGAAAUGUUGCUGGAGAAGACAAGGAAGUUGGCGCAGGGGAGGUUGUACAAGGUUCGUCUGAAGAAAUUGCGCCUGAGACCAAAGGAGAGGAAGAUGAGCAAGCACAAGGGGAAACUGAAAUAUCUGAGUUUGAAAAAGAUCAGUCAGAAGCAAAUGCUGAACAGUUGGAAGAAAAGGUAGCCUUAAUACAACCUGACAGCAAUAUCGGACAACCAUCUCUCAAAGAAGACAAGGAGGUGGCUCGUGCUGAGACAGUUUCAGAGGAACCAAGGGAACUGCUUGCUACAGAGACGAAAACGACUUCGCAGUCUCCAGAUGACCUAUUUGGCAGCCACGACGAAACUUCCAAUAUAGAUUUUAUGACCUCAAUUCAACACUCUAAAGAACACGAAGAAGAGGUGAGAAAAUUAAAGGCCCAACUAGAUGAAUUUAUAAUCGAGAAUAAGAGACUAAAAUUCGUCAAUAUGGAACAUGAAACUACUGUUGAAGAACUACAUGAAGAAAUAAAAAAAUUGAAUGAACAAGUGGCCGAAUUACAAAGAGAGAAACAAUCAAGCCCAUCAAUACAGUUUACAAGAUUUAAUACGCAGUCAGUUGAGGCCACGGAGACUCAUAUUGACCGUGUUGUGCUCAAUAAAUGGCGUGAUUGGAAUGUUGACAUGACCACAUGGAGAAGUAUUGGGUCCGGACCAAUUGUUGAAUUUUGA